GCGUCAUCUAACCUUAUAAAUAUUUGUUUGUCUUAAAAUUAAAAUAAGCCAAAUUUAUAAUCAUGGAAUCAUCAAACGAAGCUGACUUAGAUGUGGACAUGGCAGAAGUUAAAAGAGUUCUAGAUGAUGCAAAUAUGUUUGAACCCAAUAUGUCAAAGGAUAAUAUGUUGUCCUAUUAUAAAGUUUUAAUAAAUUCAAAAAGUACUGCAUCGGAAGAAGAUCAUACAAGACGACUCAACGAAAGUCAGGAAGAACUUAUGAGUCUUCUUGAAGAAGAAAAUGUAGAAAAUACUCCAGCGAAAAGUAAAGAAAAGCCAUUUAUACCAAAGGCCUGGACUUCGGAAAAGAAACCUUCAGAAAGUGCCUUGGAACAUAAUAAUAAUGAAAAUAUUUUAGAAGAUAACAUAGAUGAUAUAAUUAAUGAUUCGCCUAAAGAUGCCACUAAAGUGACAUUUGGUUUUAAUGAAAUGGCAAAAGAUUCAGAAUACACCAUAACCUUAAUUACUCAUGAAUUAAAAUUUGUACCAAUACAAAGUACAGCCAAAUUUUUAAACGCUGGAACAGCUUUAAAAGCAAAAAUGUUGUAUGCGUACCACACAAAAAUGAAUAAAAUGAAGACAGAAUUGGCAAGGACAUCUUUUUAUCCAGCUCCCCUGCCCAAGAUUACGAGUACAACAGAGACUUUCCCAAGCUUUUCUGACAGUGAUGUCCCAGCAACUUAUACUUGCCGUUCUGGACGUCAGACGAAAAGGAAAGUUUAUAACUACGAUGAUGACGAUGACAGCUUAGAUGGUAUUACUAACAAAAAAGUGAAGAAUUCAGAUGAACAGGAGUGGUUAAAUAAAUCAACUCCAAUUAAGAGCACUGUGCGAACACAUAAAAAGCAAGAAACUAAUAAAAUUGGUGCAGAAUUUAAGACUGAAUCUGAAGAAAGUGCCUUGGAACAUAAUAAUAAUGAAAAUAUUUUAGAAGAUAACAUAGAUGAUAUAAUUAAUGAUUCGCCUAAAGAUGCCACUAAAGUGACAUUUGGUUUUAAUGAAAUGGCAAAAGAUUCAGAAUACACCAUAACCUUAAUUACUCAUGAAUUAAAAUUUGUACCAAUACAAAGUACAGCCAAAUUUUUAAACGCUGGAACAGCUUUAAAAGCAAAAAUGUUGUAUGCGUACCACACAAAAAUGAAUAAAAUGAAGACAGAAUUGGCAAGGACAUCUUUUUAUCCAGCUCCCCUGCCCAAGAUUACGAGUACAACAGAGACUUUCCCAAGCUUUUCUGACAGUGAUGUCCCAGCAACUUAUACUUGCCGUUCUGGACGUCAGACGAAAAGGAAAGUUUAUAACUACGAUGAUGACGAUGACAGCUUAGAUGGUAUUACUAACAAAAAAGUGAAGAAUUCAGAUGAACAGGAGUGGUUAAAUAAAUCAACUCCAAUUAAGAGCACUGUGCGAACACAUAAAAAGCAAGAAACUAAUAAAAUUGGUGCAGAAUUUAAGACUGAAUCUGAAGAUAUCAAUAAAGAAAAGAAAAAUAUCCCGAAAAAGGAAACUAGAACUACUUUAUCUCGAAAAUUGUCUAAUGCGGAAAUUAUGAAACGUAGUAAUAUAUUUGGUGAUUUGCCAAAGCGUAGAUGUGAGGCGAUGUUUGACAAAUUAAAAGAAGAGGAAGAAAAGAAGGAGAAAGAGGAAAAAACUAUGGAGGCAUUUAAUAAAACCUUGGAAAAAUUAGAUGAAGAAAAUAUUGAGGCCUCAUCGAAUGAAGAAAUUAUUACAGUUGAAGAUGAGGAAUUUGUUAAAAGAAGGGUUGUUCCUCCUUUACCAAGAAAAUUAAUCAACAGAAAAAGACACAAUCCUGAAGCAAUAUACAUGGUGUCCUAUGAGGUAGUGCACAAAAUUUAG